AAUUCAUUAAAUUCGGACACAGGAGUGAAAAAGAUUCAUUAUAAUUUUUAUUAGAUAAUGAUUAUGGCGGGUCCAGGACAAAACAUGAAUAUGAAUAUAGUUACCCCCGCUAUAGGUAGAAAAAUCCGGCAGAUGAGAUCAUAUUUUGGGCUACCUGAUGACAACUUGAAAAACUGUGCAUCCGCAAGCUUGUAUAACCAGUUGAGAAAAUGUGUACAGCGACUUCAGUGUAAAGAUCCUUUGCUCCGAAUGGAAAGAAUGUACAGAACAUUUCUGGUCAAUGAACUUCGAUCCAUUGAUCACUUAGUUGAUCCAGCCUGGCUCAAUAGUGAAUAUGAUGGAGAGCAUUGUCAGAGAAAAAUGCUUGAGGUUUGUCCAAAGCAGUUAUUCGGAAAAAUAUAGAUGUAUCUUCUAAAAAUGGUCUCUGAAAAAGUUUGAAAUCAAAAUCUUAAAGGGACUGUCUUCGUUAGUUUAAGUGUCCCUCCAUUUUAAGAGGAGCAUGACUAGGGUUGUUAAUCGUUUUUGAAAACGAUUAUUAAACGACGGUUUUUUUCGUUUUUCUAUCGUUUUUUGUUUCGU